UCUGAUGCAAGUAGAGGGUAAUUUGAGACCUACAAAUAUGUCGGUACCUUCGGCAAAGAUCAUCAGGUACCCAGAUCAAAUGGAGAAGGCAUGGGGAUGGUGGAGGCUGCUGCCCAUCUAUCAGGGCCUCGGUUCGGACAUGCCCCUCUACCGGGAGUACCUCUGCGAGUACUACCUCCGCAAUCCUCCUGAAUCUGUCGAUGACUCUGCCUGUACCAGGCACAAGUUUGUGGUCCGAUCUGCAUGGACAAAUGAGAAUGGCCGUCUCAUUCCUCUCGCCCGCAAGUGCCUGGAGAUGGAGGCCAAGUUCAUCGGUCUGUGUGAGAGGAACAAGAUAAAAUUAACUGACACUGAGACUGCCCUGAGCCACAAAAUCAAGCAGCAUGCGCAGGACAUAGUUGAUGGAGCGUGUGAAUAUGCUGGUGCAUAUGCUGCUGCUGCUGCUUUGGUGUGUAUCUGCAAAGAGGCUGAGUUGAUGUGCGAGAGGGCUAUGUGCGGGAGAUACAACUCUGGUAACUUGACUUGCAUGCUCUGCAAUCAGCUCAGAGAGCAUGCCAUCAGUCUUAUGUUGUACAAAGGGUCUGGAUCCAUCGCCGCCGCUGCUGGUGCCGCCAUGCUGGGCGCUGCAAAGGAGGCCAAGCUGUUACGUGAGAAUCUGAGCAAUCUAAGCUGUGAUGAAGAAAUGUCUGUUUCCAUUCGGGAGGAAGCCUGUUGCAUUCUGCAGGACAUGCACACUGAAGCUUUUGGUGCUAAUGGGAAGAACAACAUUGCUGCUGCUGCUGCUGCUGGAGCAGAUAUAUCUACUAGGCACGGAUCAGCACUGUUGGGAAUUUGACUUGUACUGCAGCUAAUAACAAGAAAGAGCUAGGAAGUAAUGGUUGUACAGAAUGGAAUGAUGAUAAGGAAAACAUGGAGAGUAGUAAUGGGAACAACAUUGUUGCUGCUGCUGCUGGAGUAGGGAAAUCUUCAAGGAUCAGAGCUCUUGGGGACUUGACUUGUACUGCAUCUAGUGGCAAGGAAGAUAAUAAGAGGACACUAAGUAAUGGGUGUACAGAAAUGAAUGAUGCUAAGGAAAACAUGGAGAAUGUGAAUCAGAAGACUGGGGAAGAAUACAUGUGGAAAAAGAAGACCGAAGAAGAAGCUUACAUGGAAACUGCAUAAUAACUCGUGCGCAGGACAUAAUCGACGGAGCGUGCGAAUACUCUGGCGCAUAUGCCGCAGCCGCUGCUUUGGUGUGUAUCUGCAAAGAGUCUGAGUUGAUGUGCGAGAGGGCCAUGUGCGGGAGGUACAACUCCGGUAACAUGAUCAGAGAGCAUGCCAUCAGUCUUAUGUUGUACAAAGGGUCUGGAUCCGUCGCCGCAGCUGCUGGCGCUGCCAUGGUGGGUGCUGCAAAGGAAGCCAAGCUGUUGCGUGAGAAUCUGAGCAAUCUAGGCUGUGACGAAGCGGCGUCUGUUUCCAUUCGGGAGGAAGCCUGUUGCAUUCUGCAGGACAUGCGCACUGAAGCUCUUGGCGCUAAUGGGAAGAACAGCAUUGCUGCUGCUGCUGAUGGAGCAGAGAAAUCUAGUACAAGGAUCAACACUGUUGCGAAUUUGACUUGUACUGCAUCUCAUGGCAAGGAGGAUAAUAAGAUGAAGCUAGGAAGUGAAGGGUGCACACAAAGGAAUGAUGAUGAUGAGGGAAGCAUGGACGGAGAAUGUGAAUCAGAAGACUGAGGAAGAAUAUACGCAAAAAAUAAAGACCGAUGAAGAAGCUUAGAAGGAAACUGCAUGAUAACCUGUCUGGCUUUCUGCCAGCCUUUUGCUGUUCGGAUGCUUGAUAAUUUUGUCCUCUGGAACGCUCUGUCAGUCUGAACUCUGAAGACGGUGAGAUUUUGUUAUGUUAGGUGACACAGCUUUUGUUAUAUUAGGUGAACCAUAUUAACUGAAGUUAACUGUCUCAUGUAUGGUGACACAGAUUCUGAAGACAGUAGAAUGUAUGGAAUGACUCACUGAAGUUAACUGUCU